CUGACCUUUCUUCAAAGAUAAACAUUAUUGCAGGUUCUGAGGAGGGUCACUCCCUGGCUGCCAAAGGAAGAGUCCACUUCUCAGUGAAGCCUAGCGGGGCCUGGAUGCGUUAGAGGGUAGCUGGUCACUAUGAUUCUUCUUGCUGUGCUUUUUCUCUGCUUCAUUUCCUCAUAUUCAGCCUCUGUUAAAGGUCACACAACUGGUCUCUCAUUAAAUAAUGACCGGCUGUACAAGCUCACAUACUCCACUGAAGUUUUUCUUGACCGGGGCAAAGGAAAACUCCAAGACAGUGUGGGCUACCGAAUUUCAUCCAAUGUGGACGUUGUCUUACUGUGGAGGAACCCUGACGGUGAUGAUGACCAGCUGAUCAAAAUCACGAUAAAGGAUGUAAAUGUUGAAAAUGUGAAUCAGCAGAGAGGAGAGAAGAGCAUUUUUAAGGGAAAAAAUCCAUCCAAAAUCUUAAGAAAGGAAAACUUGGACGCUUUGAAAAGACCUGUGCUCCUCCAUCUAAUACAUGGAAAGGUUAAAGAGUUCUACUCAUAUCAAAAGGAUCCAGUGGCCAUAGAAAAUCUCAAGAGAGGCCUGGCUAGCCUAUUUCAGAUGCAGUUAAGCUCUGGAACCACCAAUGAGGUAGAUAUCUCUGGGGAUUGUAAAGUGACCUACCAGGCGCAUCAAGACAAAGUGACCAAAAUUAAGGCCUUGGAUUCAUGCAGAAUAGAGAGGACUGGAUUUACAACCCCAAAUCAGGUCUUGGGUGUCACUUCAAAAGCCACAUCGGUCACUACCUAUAAGAUAGAAGACAGUUUUGUAGUAGCCGUGCUUGCAGAAGAGACACAUGCUUUUGGAAUGAAUUUUCUACGAACAAUUUCAGGCAAAAUAGUAUCGAAGCAGAAAUUGGAGCUGAAGACAACUGAAGCAGGCCCAAGACUGAUGCCUGGAAAGCAGGUUUCAGCCAUAAUUAAAGCAGUUGAUUCAAAGUACACAGCCCUCCCCAUUGUGGGACAAGUCUUCCAGAGCAAGUGUAAAGGAUGCCCUUCUCUCUCGGAGCACUGGCAGUCCACCAGAAAACACCUACAGCCAGACAUCCUGGGCAAGGCCGAGGCUGUCAGAAGCUUCCUGGAUUUCGUUCAGCGCCUGAGGACUGCAAAGAAAGAGGAGAUCCUACAAAUCCUAAAGGCCGAAAACAAGGAAGUACUACCUCAGCUGGUGGAUGCUGUCACUUCUGCUCAGACGUCAGAUUCAUUAGAUGCCAUUUUGGACUUCUUGGAUUUCAAAAGCGACAGGAGUGUUAUCCUUCAGGAGAGGUUUCUCUAUGCCUGUGGAUUUGCCUCCCAUCCCAAUGAAGAACUCCUUAGAGCACUCAUUAGUAAGUUCAGAGGUUCCUUUGCCAGCAACGACAUCAGAGAAACUGUUAUGAUUGUCAUUGGGGCCCUUGUCAGGAAGCUGUGUCAGAACGAAGGCUGCAAACUCCAAGCAGUGGUAGAAGCCAAGAAGUUAAUUCUGGGAGGACUUGAAAAAGCGGAGAAGAAAGAGGACACCAUGAUGUACUUGCUGGCUCUGAAGAACGCCCUGCUCCCAGAAGGCAUCCCACUCCUCCUGAAGCACGCAGAGUCAGGACAGGGGCCCAUCAGCCACCUUGCUACCACCGCUCUCCAGAGAUACGAUGUCCCUUUCAUAACUAAUGAGGUGAAGAAGACUCUGAACAGGAUAUACCACCAGAAUCGUAAAGUACAUGAAAAGACUGUGCGCACUACUGCAGCUGCUGUCAUUUUAAAUAACAACCCAUCCUACAUGGAAGUAAAAAACAUCCUGCUUUCUAUUGGGGAACUUCCCAAAGAAAUGAAUAAAUACAUGCUCGCUGUUGUUCAAGACAUCCUACGUUUUGAAAUGCCUGCAAGCAAAAUGGUCCGUCGAGUUCUGAAGGAAAUGGUUGUUCAUAAUUAUGACCGUUUCUCCAAGAGUGGAUCCUCUUCUGCUUAUACUGGCUAUGUAGAACGUCAUCCCCAUUCAGUGUCUACGUACAGCCUCGACAUUCUUUACUCUGGCUCCGGUAUUUUGAGGAGAAGUAACCUGAACAUCUUUCAGCGAAUUGGGAAGGCUGGUCUUCACGGUAUCCAGGUGGUCAUUGAAGCCCAAGGACUGGAGACCUUAAUUGCAGCCACUCCGGAUGAGGGAGAAGAGAAUCUUGACUCCUAUGCUGGCAUGUCAGCCAUCCUUUUUGAUAUUCAACUCAGACCUGUCACUUUUUUCAACGGAUACAGUGAUUUGAUGUCCAAAAUGCUGUCAGCAUCUAGUGACCCUGUCAGUGUGGUGAAAGGACUUAUCCUGCUAACAGAUCAUUCCCAGGAGAUUCAGUUGCAAUCUGGACUGAAGGCCAAUAUGGGGAUCCAGAGCGGUCUAGCAAUUGAUAUAUCUGGUGCAAUGGAGUUUAGUCUGUGGUAUCGUGAGUCUAAAACCAGAGUGAAAAAUCGGGUGUCCCUGGUAAUAGUUGGUGAUAUCACUGUGGACUCCUCUUUUGUGAAAGCUGGCCUGGAAAUCAGUGCAGAAACAGAAGCAGGCCUAGAGUUCAUCUCCACAGUACAGUUUUCUCAGUACCCAUUCUUAGUUUGCCUGCAAAUGGACAAGGAUGGAAUUCCUUUCAGGCAAUUUGAGACAAAGUAUGAAAGGCUGUCCACAGGCAGAGGCUACAUCUCACGGAAAAGAAAAGAAAGGCUGCUAGCCGGAUCUGAAUUCCCGCUCCACCAAGAGAACUCUGAGAUGUGCAGGGUGGUAUUUGCCCCUCAGCCAGAAAGUUCCUCCAGUGGUUGGUUUUGAAACUGAUGGGUGGUGUUUCACUUGAAUUGGUCUCCCCAGAAGGGGUAUGAUGUGACAUGCCUAAGUACUUGCUCUCUGAGAGCACAGUGUUUACAUAUUUACCCGUAUUUAAGAUUUUUGUAAAAAGCUAUGAAAAACCUCAAAUGAUUAAAUUUGGGCCUAUUCAGUAUCCUACCUACAGUGUCAUUUUGAGCCACUAUAAGUGAUACUUUUAGCUACAUUCUUAUUUUUCCUGUACCUCUCUCAAAUCCCAUUUGAUAUAGUGAGAAUAGUUCUGCCCCAAGAAACUAUUGUUUAUAAAACGCAAAACAAAACACACGUAUUCUCAGGAGAACCCAAUUUUGUUUCAACAAUUUUCAAGUAACAUGUAUAAAACCUUUGAUGGAACCUUAAAUGUGGCUUGUUUCUACCAAACAUGUUGCCCAAUUAGAAAGAAAACAUACCUUUUUUCCCCCUUUUUGUGGAAGUGAGGGGAGGGGACAUAACUUUUUAAAACUUGUUAGCUAACUUUAAGAAUGAAUUUUUAUAUCUUCUCUUAGUUGUACUAAGCAUUGUGGUAGAAGACAAACUGAAUUAAAAUAUUCAAAUUUAUAUUUAAAAUAUCUUUCUGCUGACCAUGUAGUCAGAUUGCUAGAAGAAAGCCAUUCAGUCCUCUCUGCCUUCUGCCCUGCAAAAAUAUUGGACUUAGCACAUAAGAGUUAGAAAUGUUAAUUUCAGAAACUCCACUCAAUUUUUCUCGUGCUGCAUCUCUUUGAGACUGUAUUGUGAUACACUGUCCUUUAUAAGGGACAUCUGCAUAUAUUCUUCAUUUUAUUGUUUAUUCAAUUGUUUUGUGGUAGAAGUUCCAGUUUGUUUGACUGCAAUCUGUACAAGAGCCAGAAUGGCCAAGAGAAUUUAACAUUGCUUUGAAGAAGUGUUGGAUUUGUACUUCUAAAACAUGAAAUGAUAAAGAUUGUUUUUAUUUGUACAAAUUAAAGGAACCAUGUUAAAAAUUUUUCAAAUAUUUAUUUAAAAAAUGGACACAUGUGUUUAUAGGGUUAAACUCAGAACAGGUAACAGAUGUUCAUUUGUCCAUUACACACACACAUACAAUGGAAGUUAACUAGCCCCCCACUGGUUGCAAACUUAAAAUGAUGUGGGAUGAAAUAAAUCUGUGAAAAUCCUAUUGAAUUACUUUUGCUUUAUAUUACUUCCAACCCAUAUUUCUCUGCUCCUGCUGCUUUCUGAGCCCAGAAACAUAUAUAGUUAAGCCAUUGCAGCUCAAAAGAAUAGGCCAGAUCCUCCAAUAGGAGGUCAGAGCCCUUUGGAAAAUGGGCCACUGAUAAUAGCAAAAGUCAGAACUUCCUAAGUUGAGUUGAAAACAACUCAAACCCAGUUUUCAUAAAGCUCUGGAAUGGCACAUUAUUGUUAUGUUACUGAGAAGAGAGAAAGACCAUUUAGCUCACCUCACAGAAGUCUUUUCUUGACUAAAAAAUGGUUAAAGUCAGAUUCAGAUAUAAGUCAGUUCACCCUAGAGCCAGCUCUCUGAAUCCACCGUGUUGUAUUUCCCAGGUCGUUUUGGCUUUUAAAAGUUGCUGCUUAAAGAAUACAGACAGUAAUUACGGAAAUAACAAACAUGGGGCUGCAGCUACAAAGCUUUCAGCUACAGUGCGAAGUCCUGAGCGCCAUUGCCCUUUUCCUCUGUCGUUGCUGUGUCCUUUUCUCUGGUAGGAUCAAAACUUCUUGUCCACUUGUAGACCUGUAUUUUUUCUUGGCCAAGUGUGCCUUCUGGCAUAAAGGGUGCUUCAUCUCUGCAGGCAGGUCUGACUGUGUAAUAACAAAUGUGCAUUUCUUAUGGCAGCUUUAUUGAAAUAUUAUCACAUAGCAUACAAUUCACCCAUUUAUGGUGUAGAAUUCAAUUUUUAUAUCAUAUUAUAGCAUAUUCACAAAGGAGUACAACUAUCACCACAGUCUAUUUUGGAACAUUUUUAUCAUUCUAGAAAGAAACCCAUACUCUUUAGCUGUGAACCCCAAUUUCCUCACCUCCUAGCCUAAGACAAUCGCUAAUCUACUUUCUAUCUCUAUAGAUUUAUUCAUAUAAAUGGAAUCAUAUGAUAUGUGGUCUUUGUGACUGGCUUUUUUCACUUGGCAUUAUAUUUUCAAGAUUCAUCCACGUUGUAGCAUGUAUCAAUGCUUCAUUCAUUUUUAUGUUCGAAAAAUCUCUCAUCAUAUACAUAUGUCAUUUGUCAGUUGAUGGACACUUGGGUUGUUUUUAUCUUUGGCUAUUUUGGAUAAUUCUGCUAUGAACUUCUGUGUACAAAUAUUUGUGUGGGCAUAUGUUAUACCGAGGAGUGGAAUUGCUGGGUAAAAUGAUAACUCUACGUUUAACUUUGUAAGAAUUGCCAGAUUGUUUUCCAAAGUGAUUACACCAAUCUACAUUUCCACCAGCAGUGUGUGAAGGCUUGGAUUUCUCUGCAUCCUCCACAUCACUUGUUCCUACCUUCCUCCUUGCUUAUGGCCAUCCUAGUGGAUGUGAUGUGGUGUUUCAUUAUGGUUCUCAUUUACAUUUCCCUAAUGAUUAAUGAUGUUGAGCACCAUCAUAUAUUAGUAAUCUUCUUUGGAGAAAUGUUUAUUCAGAUUCUUUGCAUUUUUUUAAAUUGGGUUAUUUGUCUUGUUAUUAGUGAGUUGUAAUAGUUCAGUAUAUAUUGUAGGUACAAGUCCUUAUCAUAUACAUGAUUUGUAAAUAUUUUCUUCCAUUCUGUGGUAUGUCUUGUCACUUUCUUGGUAGUGUCGUUUGAAGCACAAGAGUGUUUUGAUUUUGGUCAAAUCCAAUUUUUCUAUUUUUUUUUCUUUUUUUGCUUCUUUGGUCAUAUCUAAGGAACCAAUGCUAAAUUCAAAGUUGCAAAGAUUUACUUCUGUGUUUUCUUCUAAAAUUAUAGUUUUACUUUUAAAUUUAGGUACUUGAUUCAUUUCUAGUUAACUUUUUAUAUAUUAUAUACAGUAGGAGGUCCAAAUUCAUUCCUUUGAAAGUGGAUAUCCCAUUGUCCCAGAAGUAUUUGUUGAGAGAUGAUUCUUUCCCCAUUGAAUUGCUUUGGCAUUCUUGUUGAAAAUAAAUUUACUAUAUAUGUGAAGUUUCAUUUCUGUAUUGAAAUUUUUAAUCCAUUAAUCUAUAUGUCUAUAUGCCAGUACCACAUUGUCUUAAUUACUGUUGCUUUGUAGUAAGUUUUGAAAUGGGGAAGUGUAAAUCCACUUAUUUUGUUUUAUUUCAAAAUCGUUUUGGCUCAGAGUCCCUUGAGUUUCCUAUGAAUUUUAGGAGCAUGUCAACUUCUACAAAGCUAGCUGGGAUUCUGAUAGGGAUUGUGUUGAAUCUGUGUGUCAGUUUGAGGAAUAUUGCCACUUUAAUAUUAGGUCUCCUGAUCUGAGAACAGGAGGCAUCUUUUCACUUUUAAAUUUUAAUUUCUUUCAACAAUGUUUUGUCAUUUGCAAGGUGUAAGUUUUGCACUUUUCUUUUGUUAAAUUUAUUCCAAGUGUUUUAUUAUUUUUGAUGCUAUUGCAAAUGGAAUUGUUUUCUUACUUUCAUGUUUGGAUUGUUCAUUGCAAGUAUGCAGAAAUACAAUCGAGUUUUGUAUAUUGAUAAUGAAUCCUGCAAUUGCAGGAUUCAUUUGUCAGUUCUACUAUCUUUGGUAGAUGUCCAGUUUCCCCAGGACUUUCUAUAUAAAAGUUCAUAUCAUCUGUAAACAGAGCUUGUUUUACUUCUUUCUUUCCUAUCUGAAUGUCUUUAAUUUAAUUUAAUUGCUUAGCUGCCCUGGCUGUUGAACAGGCUGAUGCUGACUAGGACUGGUGACAAAGAACAUGGCAAAGAUGAGGAUGCUGGUGAAAAGCGGUGGUGGAGUGCUAGCAGGGAUGGCCCAGAAAGACCACAGAACACGAAAGGAAGGCUCAGGUCAUUCGACAAUGGUGAUAGUUCUAUUUUCACUUAUACACCUGAAAAAUUCAUAGAACCUUAGAAAGCUUAAAGCACAUUUAAAUAGUCACAGUGCCCUCCUGUACAGGGAGGGUCAGCCAACAUCAAGAAUCUGUUCCAGAUCCAGACUGACUGAGGCUUCACUGCUUCUCAUCUGUUUAGCUGCCAACUAAGAGACUGUGAGGGAGCAGGGAGUGGCCUGGGGGCCCGGCUUGGAAUCCUCUGAGAACCAUCCCCCAACUACUGGCUGGGUGGUCUUGGACAUGUGACUCAGUUCUCAUCUCUAAAAUGGAUAGGAUAGUCUCCAUUUCACUGGGUCGUUUUAAAAGUUCAUGAGAUAAUGUGUGUCAAGUACAGUGCCAAGCACACAGUAGUAUUUGAUAAAUACUGUGUAUGUGAAGUUUCAUUUCUGAAUCGAAAUUUUUAUUCCAUUAAUCUAUAUGUUUAUCUUUAUACCAGUACCAUCCUGUCUUAUUACUGUUGUUAAAAUGCCACAAGGCAUUUUCUGCUAUCAUUAAUGUUUUUACUAUGAGAAAUGUAGUGAGCAAUGUUAUUACCAAUGAUCAGCUUUGUUCUGAUUUUUAGCAAAGAGAUUGUGUGCACCUUACAUCUACCUUUACCUUGUAAUUAGUUGGAGAGCAUAGUGAUCCUCUCUAAUGAGUGUGGAUAUCUGAACCUCUCACAUGCAGCAUCCGGGAAGGUGGGAAGCAGGGGAGUAGAGCAGUGAGGGCAAUUUGGAGUAAGAUACUCCUGCUUAAAUCUAUUUUAAGUCUAUUACGGUUAAGAAAUCUUACCAUUUCCACAUACUCCUCCUACAUAAACCUCCAGCCUCUCAGCUUCCACAUCUGUAAAGAAACAUAUGUAAAACCUCAUAGGUUGUUGUAAGGAUGAAGUAAGGUCAUGGGCUAGUGCCUGGCACAUAACAAGCACUUAAUAAGUGCUCACUAAUAUUAACUUUUAUAUGUGAUCCUCUAGAACCCCUGAAUAAAGCAACAUUUCUUGUUCUGA